GUGUUAUCAAUGGUGCCUUGCUUAAAGAGAUACCGGAUUACAUCCACGUAUGCAAGCGGGACCCGGCCACGAUCGAGGGCUGCGUGCUCAAGUCCAUUGAGGCACUCCGUCCGAAGCUAGCUGAGGGCAUCCCCGAGCUCGCCGUGCCGGGGCUGGAGCCCUUCGUCAUACCCGAGAUUAAAGCCUUGACUACGGAGAGCCUGCAGAUCCGGGCGUCCGGCCACAAUGUUAAGGUCACCGGCGCUAGUCAAUUCACUAUCAAGAGCUUGUCCAGGGGGCGAGAGUAACGGCGACACAACAUCCUCGUCCGCAUCCGCACCGACACACGAAUACUUCAUUAAUGGGAAGCGAAUCAGCGAUGGCAUGGAAGUCCUCGAAUGCACGAUAAAGAAGGAUUUCCAGUACAACAAGGUGAUGCCGACCUUCCACCACUGGGUGACGGAUGAGAAGCGCUUCGGGCUGACCUUUCAGACGGCGGCCGACGCGCGCGCCUUCGACAAGGGGGUCCGGACCGCCAUCGAGGAGCUGCUAGACGGUCUGGGUGGGGCGUGGCCUUCGCUUCACGCGUACAAAAAACACAACCCAGCGCCGAAAGACGACGACGAGGAACAAAACAUCUUUGAGUGCUUGAACCUGCCGUCGGAGUCCCGCUCCAGCUCGGAGACGUCGACGGGCAGUCGCGCGCGCCGCCGCCCGCCCGACGACAUCACGCAGACGCCCAUACUGUCCGCCAUCACGCUGCCGCGACACCCGCUCUCAGAUUCGUUGAAGCAGUACGAGGCGCAGUACGACGACAGGCUGCACGUCGAGGACUCGGACCCUGACAGGUGUCCCUACGUACAUCUCUCUGCUGUCACGGACUACACAUACCCGCAGGUGUCGGGCACCGUGGUCAGCUCGGAGAAGUCCUCGCCCAACACCAAGCCGCCGCUGCUCAAGAGGGACUCGGGAUCUAUAAAGAAGUGCGGAUACAGCGGGCCGCCGCCGUUGCCAGAUAAGAAGCCGGCUGAGUCGUUCCACGCGCGUAUCAAAUGCAGACACUGCCACGAGUGGUACUUGGAGAGUGCUAACCGCGCCGGUGCGUGUGAGUUCGCUCCCGACUGCUUCCGCUCCUGUAUCGACUGCGUGUCCUGUAUACGCUGUGCACAGUGCAUGUUGUACCACUGCAUGUCGGACGCGGAGGGCGACUUCGCCAUGCACCCUUGCGCCUGUGGACCGCCCGAUGACAACUGCGCUAAACGCUGGCUGGGCAUCACGCUGCUGAGCGUGCUGGUGCCGUGCCUGUGCUGCUACCCCGCGCUGCGCGGGCUGCACGCGGCCGGCCGCGCCGCGCGCCUCGCCGGCGGCGCGCACGCGCCCGCGCGCCUCUAGCGCCCUGUCGCUGCU